AUGGAUGUGUACACCACACCAACCACUUAUCACCAGAACAAAGUGUUGGACCAUGUGAUAAAACUCCAUUACGACUACGUUGGAAAGGGCGACCGCGUAAAUCAGGCAAAGGGCAUAGACCUAACUACUAUUGCACUUCUAAUAAUCUGUAGCUUCAUCAUCCUGGAGAACUUGAUGGUGUUGAUUGCCAUAUGGAAAAACCACAAGUUUCACAACCGUAUGUACUUCUUCAUUGGCAAUCUAGCCCUCUGUGACCUGCUGGCUGGAAUUGUUUACAAAGUGAACAUCUUGAUGUCAGGGAGCAAUACCAUGAGUCUUACACACAAGAUGUGGUUUGUCCGGGAAGGCAGCAUGUUCGUGGCUCUAGGAGCAUCUACUUUCAGCUUGUUAGCCAUCGCUAUCGAAAGACAUUUGACCAUGAUCAAAAUGAGGCCAUAUGAUGCUAAUAAAAAGUACAGGGUCUUCUUGCUUAUUGGAACAUGCUGGUUUAUCUCGGUCUCCUUGGGUGCCUUUCCAAUCCUUGGUUGGAACUGCAUUGACAAUUUACCAGACUGUUCCACUGUUUUGCCGCUCUAUUCUAAGAAGUAUGUAGCAUUUUGCAUCAGCAUCUUCAUUGCCAUUCUGGUGGCUAUCGUCAUCCUUUAUGCACGCAUUUACAUCUUGGUAAAGUCCAGUAGCCGUAAUGUCACAAAUCACAGCAACUCGGAGAGGUCCAUGGCCUUGCUUAGGACAGUUGUGAUCGUUGUCGGAGUUUUCAUUGCCUGUUGGUUGCCGCUGUUUGUUCUACUGCUGAUUGAUGUGGCCUGCAAAACCAGGUAUCCCAUUUUAUACAAAGAAGAUGGUUUCAUUGCCUUGGCUGUCCUGAAUUCAGCAAUGAAUCCCAUCAUCUACACUCUGGCAAGUAAGGAAAUGCGUCGGGCUUUCUUCCGCCUUGUUUGUGGCUGCCUGGUGAGGGCCAAUGUCACGUCUUUGCCUAUCCAGCCCACACCGGAUCAGAGUCGAAGCAAAUCCAGUAGUAGCAGCAACACCCAAAAGCCAAAAGAUGACUUUCCACAAACUAAAAUCUCUUCGUAUACACUUGAAAAAAACGAGUCUUCAUUUCAGAACGGAAUUUUUUGUAAGUGAAGCUGGAUAACUCUGCAAACCAAGGAUUCUUGUGUGGCUCUUUAGAGCCAAAUAGAAGCACAAUUAGUGGGGUUUCUUGCUUUUCAGUUAUAAAGAAAAUGAUAACUGGGAA